GGUUUAUGGGAGGCCCGCCUCAGAACGCGCGCGCGCAGCGGGACCUGGCGGCAAGGGCCGCGCGUGCGCAAGAGAAGCGGCCUCGCGUUAAGGUUAGGGCCUGGAGGCGCGCCCCCUGGCGGGGGGCCGGCGCGGGACAGCCGCGCGCCGGGCCUGGCGGGCAUUUAUCGGGCGACCGCGGGGCUCUGCGUGCGGGCGUCCUGCUGAGCGCGCGCGGGAGCCCAGUCGCUAAGGCGCGGGUGCUCCGCACGUCCGCCGCCGCUCGGGCCCCAGCACCGGACGGCGGGGCCGCUGCGGCGCGCAGGGCCCGCGGCGGGGGCCGGGCGGCGCGCACGUCCGCGGUUCCUCAGAUGGCGGCCGCGGGCGCGGGGCCGGGCCCCGGGCCGGGGGCGCCCCCGGGGCUGGAGGCGGCCCUGCAGAAGCUGGCGCUGCGGCGGAAGAAGGUCCUGAGCGCCGAGGAGAUGGAGCUGUUCGAGCUGGCGCAGGCUGCGGGCGGCGCCAUGGACCCCGACGUGUUCAAGAUCCUGCUGGACCUGCUGAAGCUGAACGUGGCGCCCCUCGCCGUCUUUCAGAUGCUCAAGUCCAUGUGCGCCGGGCAGAGGGCGGCGAGCGACUCCCAGGACCCCGCGGCCGCGCCCCUGCCCACGCUCAGCGUGCCUGAGACCCGAGGGAGAAACAAAGGCGGCGGAGCCCCCGGCGGAGGCCCGGCGCUGGCAGAACGCGGUGGCCGGGACGGACCCAGCCAGAGGAUGCCCCGCCAGCCCAGCGCCUCCAGGCUGCCCAAGGGGGGCGGGCCGGGGAGGAGCCCCCCGAGGAGCGGCAGCUGAGAGCCCCCCCGGCAGGCGCCUCGCGUUCCUGCGGCUAAUAAACCUCUGAGACGCCAA